AAUCAAGAUGGCGGCGUCCAUAAAAAAUAUUUAAAAUUACUGCAUUAUUGUACAUUUACUGUAAUAUAAGGGUACUUUUAAUAGACUGAAUCCUUGCAAUAAGAACUUACAAUAACCAUGAGUCUUAAAACAGUUAUAUCCAGAGCACAAUGUGUGAAGAUCAUCCUCUCCACAACCAGGCUGAGCUAUGGAUUCCAAGCUUGUAGAAAUAUGCAAAGUUGGGGAAAUAUUUCUAUUGACCACCUAGGCUAUCAAAGGACAUGUCAGGUUUCAUCAAUACUUUCUAGACAAGGGUCACAAUGUCAACAGAGACAGUCAAUUCAUACAGACCCUGUUAGCCUGCAAAGGGAUUCCAAGGAUGGUGUAUAUAAUGAGGAUAAUGAAGAUGCUACCUUAGGAACUAGUUCAAAAAUCAAUAAACAAUUUCGUCCUAUGAAAGAUCCAGUUUUAAAGAAAAAGAUGAAACCAAUUAAAUUAAAGGAACUUACAUUAAAGUCAUCGAUUAACAAGCACCAUUUAGAGCUAGCAAUAAAGAAGAUAGCAGACUGGUUAGACAAGGGAAACAUUGAGGUGCAGGUAUCUCUGCAAGAGUCUAGGAAUUUCAGCAAAAAGAUACAAAUGCAGGGAAACAAGCAGAAUGAAGAAGCUUCAGAGUCUAAGGAGCUGGCAGGCUUGUUCAAAACAGUCACCGAGUCAUUUGAAAGCAAAGCAAUUGUUGUUACUGCAAAACGAACAGCAACAGCAAUAACAUUUAUUUUGAAACCAAAUCUCAAAUUAGAGGAAAAAUCUUGAUGUUGUGGUCCAUUGCAACUUUGCUUUUGGUUGCAUAACUGUAAAUUGCUUUUAUUUGAUGGCAUUUUUAAUUUGGUGUAAAGGUAAAAAUCUCCAAAUUAAGUCUCCACCAAAUUAUUUAAAAGAUCCCUUGGAAUCCCCAGGGACUUUCGUCCAGUGACUUUUCCAUGUAGCAGCCAUCAUUUUUUGUAAUAAAAGGAAGACAUACUUGUACAUGUAUAUGUAAUGGUACUGUGCUCCAUUUUCAUGUUGUUACGGAGAUUGCGUUUUGAAAAACUUGAGCACUAUUUGCGUCUUUGUACUAGCUAGCCCUCCAAUUUCCUCAUUUUCCUGAUGGCUCUAUCCUCCAAUUUUGAUAACAGCCA